GGUGGAUUACCUUGGUGGGAGGGGAGUACAGUGUUGGCUUUUUGGUGGGUGUGUUAAACAAAAAAGGAAUAAAACACCGCAGCACAAUCUGUUGUGCAGCUGUUAUAACCUGAUUUCUCAGUUUUCUACUCAGGUUAUCCACACAGAUUGAUUUGAUACAAUGGCUUGUCACGAAGGACUAACUGACCUGGAAACAUGCAUGGAUGGCUGCAUCAGAAUUUUCCGCAAGUAUGCAAUGACAGAUGGAGACAUGCUCACACUGUCCUUACCUGAGCUAAAGAAGCUUUUACAAACUGAACUCCCACGUUUUAUUAAGAAAGGUGAAGAAGAUAAAGUUGCAAGGGAGAUGAUGACAAAUCUGGAUACACAUGUGAAAGACAACAAAAUUUCAUUCCAGGAGUUUAUGUCCCUGGUGUCUACCAUUUCUGUUUAUGCUCAUAGUAAGACUUGUUAAAAUCCAUAGUCAAUAUUACAAAAAAGGCGAGAAUGAAUUCAAGGAAACGGCAAGCUCCCAUCUUCAGCUGCCUCUUUUAGAUCUCAGAUUUACCAACAUUUUGUGAACCAGAACAUACGUAUAUUUUCCUCAUUUGUAAUGCAUUUUCAUGUUUUUACCAAACACAUUUAAAUAAAUUGUUCUGUUGUGUUUAUUUGUAUAUGUUGCACUGAUAUAAGAUAGUAAUACAUGCCUUUGUUUUAUUUUUUAUAUUGAGGCUCAUGGUAGUGCUUUCUUCAUUCCAGGCAUAAAUCUCUACUAUGUUUUAGGCACAAAGCUAUGAUUUUAACCUUGUUCUUAGAUUCAAUGCUUUUUUGUGAUUUUUAAAGGUUAAAACUAUGAUUUGUAGUCUUCAGAAGUUGAUAGGUAUGAAAAUAAAUCUUUACAUCUUGAAGUGUAGUGUAUCACAUGUGAUAACACAUGCAUUUGAAAAAGACAACAUGCUGUUGAGUUUUUGUGAAAUCUGUAUAAGCAUAUUUUAGUUUCUUCAGAAGUUGAUAGGUAUGAAAAUAAAUCUUUACAUCUUGAAGUGUAGUGUAUCACAUGUGAUAACACAUGCAUUUGAAAAAGACAACAUGCUGUUGAAUUUUUGUGAAAUCUGUAUAAGCAUAUUUUAGUUAUGCCUGGAAAAUGUUAAUAAACAUUGUUAUGAAAAGCA